UUGAAGAAAUCCCAUCCCCUUCCCCUCCCCCUUGGGCUGCAGCUCCCUCGGUGUUUGAGCACGGCGACGAGCGUGAUGGAAUCGUUUCUUCCACGGGAGGCGCUGUACGCGGUGGUGGUCGCGGCCAUGGCGUGGUGCGCCAUGUGGGCGCUGGAGUGGGCGUGGUGGAGGCCCCGGCGGCUGGGCCGGGCGCUGCGGUCGCAGGGCCUCCGCGGCACGGCGUACCGCCCCGUGGCCGGCGACUCGCCGCGGAUGCAGCGGCUGAACAGGGAGGCCAGGUCCCAGGCCAUGCCGCUGGGCUGCCACGACGUGGUGCCGCGGGCGAUGCCGCUCUUCCACCGGGCCAUGCAGGAGCACGGUAAGAUGUCAAUCACUUGGUUUGGACCUGUACCCAGAGUGACCAUUACCAAGCCUGAACUGGUGCGAGAGGUUCUGUCCAACAAGUUCGGCCACUUUGAGAAGCUCAAGUUUGGCCGGCUCCAGAGGAUGCUGCACAACGGCGUGGGUAGCCACGAGGGCGAGAAAUGGGCCAGGCACAGGAGGAUCAUCAACCCUGCCUUCCAUCUGGAGAAGCUCAAGCGCAUGUUGCCGGCUUUCGCAGCAUGUUGCACGGAGCUGGUGCAAAGAUGGGAAGGCCUAGUUGCAGUUGCGGGCGAUGCGCCGUGCGAGAUAGAUAUUUGGCCUGACAUGCAGAACCUGACAGGGGAUGUCAUCUCUCGCGCUGCAUUUGGCAGCAGCUACCUGGAGGGCCGGAGGGUCUUCCAGCUUCAGGGGGAGCAGCUUGAGCUCGUCCUGCUCGCCAUGAGCAAGAUGCACAUCCCUGGUUAUUUCUUCUUGCCAACAAAAGCCAACCGAAGGAUGAAGCAGAUCGCCGCCGAGAUCGAGAGGGUGCUCAAGGGCAUCGUCGCCAAGAGAGAGAACGCCAUGAGAGCCGGCGAGGCCACGAGCGACGACCUUCUCGGGCUGCUGCUGGAGUCCAACAUGGCGCACUGCGGACGUGAUUCGAAGGGCGCCGGCAUGGGCAUCACGACCGACGACGUGAUCGGAGAAUGCAAGCUGUUCUACUUCGCCGGCGCGGAGACCACGUCAGUGCUGCUCACAUGGACCAUGAUCCUGCUCUGCAUGCACCCGGAGUGGCAGGACCGCGCCAGGGAGGAGGUCCUGCAUGUCUUCGGUGCCGCUGCCACACCGGAUCACGACGGGCUAAGCCGCCUGAGGGUGGUGACCAUGGUGCUGUACGAGGUGCUGCGGCUGUACACGCCGGUGACGGCCAUCCACCGCGAGACGUACAAACCCAUGGAGCUCGGCGGCGUGAGGUACCCGGCGGGCGUGGUGCUCAUGCUGCCGCUGCUCUGCGUCCACCACGACAAGGAGGUGUGGGGCGCCGACGCCGACGAGUUCAGGCCGGAGAGGUUCUCCGGGGGGAUCUCCAAUGCAUCCAUGGCGGGCUCGCCGGCGUUCUUCCCCUUUGGGUGGGGCCCGCGGGUGUGCAUCGGCCAGAACUUCGCGCUGCUCGAGGCCAAGAUGGGGCUCGCCGUCAUCCUGCGCCGCGUCUCCUUCCAGCUCUCGCCGGCCUACACGCACGCGCCGUUCCCCGUCGGCCUGCUGCAGCCGCAGCAUGGCGCGCAACUCAGGCUCAAGACCCUAAUUCAGUGAGCAUGUAUCACAACACUCAACAAGGCAUGCAUACAUAGUUGUGUAUUGACUUUCUAUGCAAAUUGUUUGUAUCAUGUGGAAGCUCAAAAUACCUCUAAGAGUGAAGAUUUUUCUCUGGUUUCUUAAUAGAGGGGUCAUAUUAACUAGGGAUAAUUCGGCACGGCGCAACUGGCAAGGAAGCAAAAAAUGUGUCUUCUGUCAGCACGACGAGUCUAUUAAACACUUAUUUUUUGAGUGCAAGUUUGCUCGGUCUGUGUGGGUUGUUGUUCAAAUAGCUUCAAAUCUUUACCCACCACGUAGUGCACGGAAUAUAUUCGGCAAUUGGUUGAGGGGUAUUCAAAAACAAUUUUCUGCACACAUUCUAGUGGGGG